AUGCCAGAGAUGGCCGAGAGCCUCAAGUACGAAAGUGCUGAAGUCGAGGAGCCGGAGAAAGUCUCGCUGAACAUCAAACCGGAAUUCGAAAAGUAUGAGGAGAACAUUCUGAAGAAUCCCGGCGCCCUCAACCCGUGGCUGAACUACAUCAACUAUCGACGCAAGGUCAAGAGCCCCUGGCGCAAGACGGUCGUGCUGUAUGAACGCGCCAUUCAGGUCUUCCCACGCAGUUACAAGCUGUGGUAUGAAUACCUGCGGUUUUGGCGCCGUCACAUCUUCAAGAAGGGUCCGCUGCAUCCGGCGUAUGCUGAACUCUGUGAUGCCUAUGAGCGUUGCCUCGUCCACCUCCCGAAGAUGCCUCGAAUUUGGAUUCAAUACUGCACGAUUAUGACCCAGCGCCAGAUGAUCACCGAUACCCGCCAUGUCUUUGAUCGCGCGUUGAAAGCUCUCCCCGUCACGCAACACCUGCGAAUCUGGCCUCUUUACCUCGAGUUCCUGAACGCGCACAACAUUCCGGAAACGGGGACCAGAGUUUAUAAAAGAUAUGUCAAGCUGAAUCCAUCUGGACGCGAAGACUUCGUUGAUUAUCUACUGAAGUAUCAGCAGUUUGACGAGGCAGCGCUCCAGAUCACUGCCUUGAUUCAAGAAGAUCGCCCAUUCACUGAACAAGGCAAAACGGUUCACCAUCUUUGGGCAGAUUUGUGCAACAUCCUGUCGAAUCACCCAACAAAAAUCCGCUCUCUGGUGGUCGAGGAUGUUAUCCGGAACGGAAUUCUGCGAUAUUCCGAUCAGGUCGCUUCUCUGUGGUGCGCCCUGGCCGAAAGCUUCGUUCGCCGAGGACAGUUCGAGAGGGCUCGCGACGUUUACGAAGAGGGCAUGGACAAAGUCACCACCGUCCGCGAUUUUGCUCAAAUUUUCAACGCUUAUACGACGCUGGAGGAUAACCAAAUUCGGACCUAUUCAACUAAACUAGAAGAGAAGGGCGCCACCGACGACGAGUGGAAUGAGCUGUCGUGGAUGAUGGAGAGAUACGAGCACCUUCUGGCUCGCCGCCCGCUUCUCGUCAACAGCGUCAUGUUGCGGCAGAACCCACACAACACACACGAGUGGUUGAAUCGCGUCCAGCUAUACGAGGGCCACAAAGACGCGACGCACAAGCAGCUGGAGACGUUCCAGACGGCCGUCAAGCGAAUCGACCCCAAGAAGCAGAUCGGCCGGCUCAGCGAUGUGUGGAUCGCCUUUGCCAAAUUCUACGAGUCGCACGAUCAGUUCAAGGAUGCCUGCCGCAUCUUUGAAAUUGCCGUCAAAGUUCCGCUGCGCAAGGUCGAUGAACUGGCUAACAUCUGGUGUGAAUACGCGGAGCUGCACUUGCGGAAAGAGGAUCCGAACAGCGCGUUGGCGCUGCUUCGUCGCGCUUGCGCUCAGCCACCCACGCGGCCCGACUUUUUCGACGAGAACGAGCCUGUUCAGAAUCGCGUCUACAAGAGUUUACGCCUCUGGACGUUCUAUGUUGAUCUCACGGAGUCUGUCGGAACGUUCGAGCAAACGAAGCAGGUCUACGCCCGAAUUCUGGAUCUCGGCAUCCCGACCCCGCAAAUCGUCAUCAACUAUGCGAUGUUUUUGGAGGAGCACGAAUUUUUCGAGAAUGCCUUCCAGGUGUACUCCCGCGCUGUAUCGAUGUUCCGCUGGCCGAUGGUGUACGACAUUUGGAAUCUCUACCUCAGCAAGUUCACAUCGCGCUAUGGCGAGAAAAAGCUAGAACGUGCUCGCGACCUCUUCGAAGAAUGCCUGGAGCACUGCCCUGCCAAAUUUUCAAAGAAUAUCUUUUUGUUGUACGCCAAGUUGGAAGAAGAGUACGGGUUGGCUCGACACGCCAUGGCCAUCUACAACCGCGCCUGCGAGGCCGUCGACAAGGAGGACAAGGCUGCGAUGUUCAACAUCUACAUCAAGAAGGGUGCGGAAAUCUUCGGGCUCACCUCGACUCGGGCAAUCUACGAGCGUGCGAUCGAACUGCUGCCUGAAAAGAAGAGCAGAGAAUUCUCCGUCCGCUACGCCAACAUGGAGCGCACACUCGGCGAAAUUGAUCGUGCCCGCGCCAUCUACACCCAUUGCGCCGAGAUUUGCGAUCCUCGUGUGUACACACAGUUCUGGGAUCAGUGGCGUGACUUUGAGCUCAAGCACGGCAAUGAGGAUACGAUGAGAGAACUGAUGCGCAUCAAGAGAUCUGUGAUGACUUCCUACGAUGUACAGUCGACGGCGAUUGCUGCGCAAGCUAUGGCUGUCGCUGGGACACAGAAGGGCGAAAUGGGCACUUUCGAGUUGCUGGACCAAAAAGCUCGCGAGAUGGCCUCCGAGCUGCACGGAACCGGGCAAGCCGUCCAAUUCGUCCGGGGCGAGAGCAAGGUCCACGUCGAGGCAACCACCCACAACCCCGAAGAGAUCGCCGUCGAUGAUGGCGACGAUGAUGAUGAGGAGGACGAGGACGAGGACGAGCCAGAGCCAGAAGUUCGAGAAGUGCCGAAGGCCGUGUUCGGCAACCUCGCGAAGGAGGAUGAUGGCGAUGACGGCGAUGAA